GCGUUGUGACCAAGUGCGUUGUGAAGAGAAAAGAAGCAGACGCAGAAGAAUAAGAAAAAGAAGGCGAUGAGGUGCAGAGGAUGACUGCUAUGGGUGAUUGCUUGAUUGCUUGAUUGCUUGCUUGAUUUGUUGAUUGCUUGAUUUGUUGAUUGCUUGCUUGCUUGCUUGAUUGGUUGAUUGCUUGAUUUGUUGAUUGAUUGAUUUGUUGAUUGAUUGAUUGAUUGAUGUGUUGAAGAGGGAUUGUUUGACGUUUAGAUUGGUGGGACCAGCAGAUGGGUGAGGGGUAUCUGGUCGGCUGAGAAGAAGUGUUUCGCCUCGAAAUCGGUGUCGCACACACACCAGGUGACGGUCGCACAGAAUGACGCAGAUGAUGGCGCAGGCACAGCUGAGCCAUGGAUUCAUGAGGCAGCAGGGUUCGUCUUUCUCCAUAGAGGACUUCUUCACGGGAUUGGUCGGCGAUUCUCUGCCACAGAUUGUGGACGAUGAUUUGGAUGGAACGAAUCUCGGAGGAGGUAUAAAUAGCGGCGAUGGCGGACGCGAUGCCGGUGGAGCUCUGAGGAUUGCGGUGGGGGGAGGAGAAUCCAUAAGUAGUCCUACGACAGCGGGGGCGGGGCCUGCUUUCGCAGAAGUCGAAUCAUUGAUUCCGUUAUUUAAAAAUGCGCGCAAUCGACUCGUGGAUAUGGAUCGCCAGGUGGAUAGUAGACUUUCAAAAUUGAAGCAAGAGGUUGACCGGCGUGACGCGUUUCAUCGUGAGACUCUCUCUCUGCUUGGAAAAGGAGUCGAAGGAUUGUUUGAGAGCUUUCGACGUCUAGAUGCCCGCAUAUCAGGUGUAGGACAUACAGCAGCGCGAAUUGGGGAUCACUUGCAGAGUGCAGAUGCGCAGCGGGAAACUGCGAAGCACACAAUCGAGCUGAUCCAGUAUUUGAUGGAGUUCAACGAGAGCGCAAAUGACUUGACAGAUCUCUCACCGUUAUUUACGGAUGAUGCGCGGGUUGCGGAGGCUGCAGCAGUUGCCCAGCAACUUCGCGCUUUUGCAGAGCACGAUACUGCUACGGCUGGAGUGACCGUGAAAGGGGCAGUCACUGCGGGUGUGGGGCUUGAAGUGGCUGCGGCUAACCUUCAGGAGUACUGUAAUGAGUUGGAAAAUAGACUCCUUGACCGGUUUGCGGAAGCUGCGAGAAAUAGGGAUUUGAAAACCAUGGCGGAAUGUGGGAAGAUUUUGUCACAGUUUAACAGGGGUAGUAGUGCAAUGCAGCGGUACGUUACGUCGAGGCCCAUGUUUCUAGAUCCAGCAGUCAGAACAGCUGAUGCCAUGCUGGCUCUGAGUGACAUCAACAUGUGGGGUGUGAGGGUACCAACACCGGAAGGCGGAUCAGAGGCAGAGAAGAAGGGCUCGCGGGGUUCUUUGAGUGGAUCGUCUGUGGAUGGGGAGUCCAAGAAGGCGGGGAACAGAAGUGGAUUGACGACACCUGCAGAAACCGACAAGCGCAUGAGACGGGGGUCACUCACGGGAGGAACCAUCAUGCCAACACUCCCCUGCAACGGGCUUGGGCAACUUUAUGCUGACAUCAUUGAAACGGUGAAGAUGGAAGCCAAAACAAUAAAGGCAGUGUUUCCAUCUCCCAAUGCAGUCAUGGCUCUGCUUGUGCAGAGAGUGCUGGAGGAGCGAGUUGCUGCUGUCAUAGACAGGAUUCUAGUGAAGCCGUCGCUAGCGAACCCACCACCGGUCGAACAAGGUGGCUUACUCACUUAUUUGCGUACUCUUGCAGCUGCAUAUGACAAGUCAAUCGCUUUGGCCAAGGAGCUUCAGUCCCUUGGAUGUGGCGACUUAGACGCUGUUGGAAUUGUGGAUACACUCUUCUCCGAACACCGGGAGCAAUUUCCAAUUGUUGAGCAAGCCUCCUUGGACUUGCUAUUUCACACAAAGCUAGAGGAAGUCAAGUCGGCCGUCGGGGAAUCAAGCCCAGCCGAGGGAGGGGCAAAGGUGAAGGCAGCAGCUUACACGCCGAUGCUGGCUGGUGUUGUGACGGAAUUCGUCCGGUGGAAUGAAGAAGCGGUUGCGCGUUGCAUGCUCAUCACCCCGCAGCCGAUGCAUUUGGCACAUAAUGUGAAAACGGUUUUCUCCUGCCUGCUUCGACAGGUCAGCCAGUAUACAACAGAUGGAUUACAGAGGGCACAAGAUGCUCUGAAUGAGGCUGGCGCAUUGCGAGAACGCUUCACUAUUGGUACAAGCGUUAGCAGGAGAGUAGCUGCUGCAGCAGCUGCAGCGGCAGAAGCCGCGGCAGCCGCAGGUGAAAGCAGUGUGCGUGGCUUUUUGGUGGCUGUGCAGAGAGCAACCACUAACGUUGCAAUGUUACAACAGCAUUUUUUGAGCACGAUUGCGCGGUUGCUAUUGCCAGUUGAGGGAGCGCAUGCUGCUUGUUGUGAGGAAAUGGCUUCAGGAAUGUCAAGAGCAGAGGAGAGGGCAUUGUCAGGGUUACGACUUUGUCUCGAUACUGUGUUGGCGGAGGUAGAGCGAGUUCUCAAUGCAGAGCAGAAGGUGUCAGAGUUCAGACCGACAGAGGACGGCAAUCCACCAGAUCACCGGCCUACACCAGCUUGCGCUCGGUGCUUCAUUCGCCGAAUGUUUGUGGAUGUCGUUGUGGAUGUCGUUUGCAUGCUGCAGGGAUUACGAUUGUUCAGGACACUUCUCUCCCACCUAUUGAAGUUCACAUUUAAUCCAAGUGGCGGUUUGCGAGUAAAGAGAGAUAUUUCCGAGUACGCAUCAUUUGUUCACGGCUUCAAGUGUCCUGCAGUGGACGAAAAAUUUGAGACUCUCCAAGUGUUGGCGAAUGUGUUUAUUGUGGCGCCAGAUAGUUUACCCACCCUUGUGGAUGGGAGUUUGCGUGGCAUGGGACGGAAGAGUGUCCAAAGAUUCAUCCAACUGCGAGAAGAUUACAAGACAUCUAAGAUUGCUUCACUAUUCCCCUCGACUUCAGAUUGAAAAAAAUCAUGGUGAGUUCCAUGCUGCCUCCGGGGCUUCGAUCGUGGAAAUGGGACCAAUUUGGAGAAAUGUCCAUCUUCAGAAUUGGGACAAAUUGGGACAAAGGUCCAUGUUCAGAAGUGGGACAAAUUGGGACAACGGUCCAUGUUCAGAUGAAGUCCUCGUGACGGAACGUGUGACGGAGCUGUGUUGGGAAAACGAGACCGUCAGAAGUCUGCUGGGAAUGACGCUUGUGAUGGAGAGCUGAUGACCGGAAGAGGAAGAGGAGUAGUAAGGUAGAGAGGCGAAGGGGACACGAUUCUUUGUGCUUUUGGUUGCUUACAAUUAGGUUGGUGGCGUCAGGCAAAAGCAUGGAGCUCAUCUUGAAGCUGGGAAUCCCUAUCAAGGUCACGCAGUUUAUGCAUACAAUUAGGUACAGUACUAAAUACAAGAGAGGGGUGAUCGGUGGAAUUCUUAUAUAUAUAUAUAUACUAAAUCAGCAUGGAGCUCAUCUUGAAGCUGGGAAUCCCUAUGACCCCAUCUAUGCACAUGUUAAACAGCCAGUAUCUUAUGCACAGAUUUUGUCCCGACGCGGGCGUUAACUUGCUGUGUUUCAGCCUGGCUGGCCUACCGGACCGAAACGGUUGGUGGCGUCAGGCAAAAGCGAAAAGGAAGAACUUCCUCGCACUGGUUUUUAUCGGCUCGCAGAUCGGGAAAAAUAGUCGCGGAGGUACUGGUGGUUCUAAGACCCUUUCCAGAGCCGCCGAGAGGGUCCUCCUGGUUGCUCAAAUGGGAUGACUGAGACUCGGCGGUGACUAACAGCUGAUGCGUCACCAAGAUAAGCGGUCGGCAAUCGCGCCCCAUGCAGACUUGGAGAGGGCUGCCAUGCGUAUCGUGCCAUGGACGGGAUUCUGUUGCAACUUCUGUUCUUUUUAGACUUCGCUUUUUGUGAGGAACACUUGGUCAUCGAGAAAGGAGUGUGUUUUGCACUCGGAUUUGUCGUAGAUUUCUCCGACUGUUAGUGGAUUCGAACUUAGGUCCGUAUUUCAACAAAUCGAGGGUCUGUUCUUUUUGGACUUUGCCUUUCGCGAGGAGGCUUGGCCAUCAAUAAAGGAGUGUGUUUUGCGCUCUGCGGAACCGCGGCGUCAUCGGUAAUAAUGUGCUGGGAUGUGACGCGAGAACACCCAGCGUCGACUCCGAUUAAGAGUUGAUCUGUGGCUGCAUGGAACUGCUGACCAACUCCGGUUAACAGAACUGUAGCAUUCUUCAAAAGAAGAUGUCUCGGUAGUGGCAAGAAAAAACACCAUUUGGCACACAUGCAAUUGGUGUUUGUGGAAAGGGAGGGCAAGUAGUGGGGUGACAUCAGCGCAGCAAUG